AUGCCUCCUCUUCAAAAUAUCAAUAUUGCCGUGAUCGGCACCGGUGGAGUGGGCUCAGUCUUCGUUUCUCAGCUGGCAUGGCUCGCGAAAACGUUAACCACGACCGAACUGAGCCUCUGCUACAUCGCGAUGAUCGACAAGGCCCUGUACCACCAGGACCAUUCAGCCAUUGACAUCGAUACUGCAGUCACAACCCUCGAGGCAAAGGGGACCGCGCCACCAUCCAUCCCCGAGAUCAUCGAGUAUCUCGCCAACGCCCCGCACCGCGUGAUCCUCGUCGACAACACCAGCGCCACGAGCCUCGCCGAAGCCUACCCGGCCUUCCUCAGACGCGGGAUCAGCGUCAUCACACCCAACAAGAAAGCCUUCUCCGGAAGUUACCAGCUCUGGGAGGAUAUCUCCAGCUCGGCCCGGGCGGGUAACGCCGUGGUCUUCCACGAGUCGUCCGUCGGAGCAGGCAUGCCCAUCAUCUCGACGGCCAAAGAGCUCGUCGCCACGGGUGACCAGAUCACCCGCAUCGAGGGCAUUUUCAGCGGCACCAUGUCGUACCUGUUCAACACAUUCGCGCCGGCAUUGGGCUCCGGCACGAGUGGCGAGUCAUGGUCGUCGAUUGUCAAGAAGGCCAGGGAGCUCGGGUAUACGGAGCCGGAUCCUCGUGACGAUCUCAACGGUCUGGACGUUGCGCGCAAACUGACCAUUCUGGGUCGACUGGCCGGUCUGCGCGUGGAGUCGCCUACUGCGUUCCCCGUGCAGAGCUUGAUACCCAAGGAGCUUGAGGGAACGGCCGAUGGCCAGACAUUCCUUCAGCAGCUCGAUCAAUUUGAUGAUCAGAUGAAGAGCCACAAGGUUGCCGCCGAGAAGGAAGGGAAGGUCGUGCGCUUCGUGGGCAGUAUUGAUGUGGAGAGUCAGACGCUGAAGGUUGGUCUCGAGUCCUUUGACACCAUGCAUCCAAUGGCGACGCUUAAGGGGAGCGAUAAUAUCAUCAGCUUCUAUACGAAGCGGUACGGGGCCUUGCCGCUGACCAUUCGGGGUGCCGGAGCUGGGGGCGAUGUCACGGCGAUGGGAGUGACCGGGGAUCUGCUGAAGGCUAUUGCCCAACUUCGCUAG